AUGGUCCAAGACUCGAUGCAAUAUGCAAAGAAAUGUGAGGCUUGUCAAUUUCACACCAACUUCAUACAUCAGUCUCUGGAGCCACUCCAUCCAACUAUAGCUUCAUGGCCCUUCGAAGCUUGGGGACUUGAUCUUGUUGGUCCUAUAACUCCCAAAUCAUCAGCGAGACAUUCUUACAUUCUCGCAGGAAUAGACUAUUUCUCAAGAUGGGCUGAGGCUGUUGCACUAAAAGAAGCUAAGAAAGAAAAUGUAGCUGAUUUUAUUCGCACCCAUCUCAUCUACCGUUAUGGCAUCCCGCAUCGCAUUGUCACAGAUAAUGGAAAAUAG